UGGGAAGGCCCUCUUUGAGUGGUCUCCUGAGAUGGGGGAUCUGCCCCCAAACCUUGCGGUAGGAAAUCCUGUUCUUCAGGUUGAUAGCCCCAUACCCACAUCUAAGGUACCUGACCCUUUGGCUUCCUCUGAAAUAUACCUUCUGUCCUGGGUAGGGGUGAGCAGCUCGGCACUGGUGGUGGUGGUUGAUGCUGUUAUUUUAAACUGGCCUCUGACACUAAAAACCUUCCUCUUUUUCCUCCCAUUUUAGAAACCGCUGUUAAUCCAUAUUCUGUCCCAGCAGAUGCCUCUAAUCCCAAGAGCAUGGUGGUAUCCGUGGUAAACAUCACAGCCAAGGCAGGUUCCCGGACGGUCCUCUCUUGCAAGAGUUUCCGGAUGGUGUGGACUCAGGACAGCCUGAAUGAUCGCCAGCGGGUGGUUCACUGGGAUCUCUACAGAAGCCAGCAGGCUGCAGAGAGGCUGUGCGACAUGUACUCUGCCGGGGACCAGCGGGUCUACCAUUCCUACAACCAGAGGCGGAUCGCCAUGCCUGAAAACGCAUUUAUUGAAGGCAACUUUUCGUUGGUGGUCCAAGAUGUUGCUGAGAGCGACCAAGGCAUCUACUCCUGUAACCUCCACCACCAUUAUUGUCACUUGUACGAAACAGUGCAGCUGCAGCUGGACGUCACUGAAGAAGCCGGCGAAGUCCAGAGGUACUGGGAUGGGGAGAAAGCGGUGAUCGUCGCCCUGAAAGGGAGUGCGGUGAUACUUCCUUGCAUCAACCGGAACCAAGUUUGGACCGGACGAGAUGAGGAGGAGGACCAACAAGUGGUCCACUGGGACAGGCAGCCCCCGGGAGUGCCUCACGACCAGGCCGAUCGGCUCAUCGACCUGUAUGCCUCUGGGGAGGGCCGUUUGUACGGGCCUCUCUUCCUCCGGCAGAAGAUGAACAUCACCGACAAGGCCUUUGCCCUGGGCGACUUCUCGCUGAGGAUCUCUGCUUUGGAGCCUGCGGAUGAAGGCACGUACUCCUGUCACCUACAUCACCACUACUGCGGCCUCCACGAACGUAGGAUCUUCCAGGUUUCGGUGGUGGAGCCAGAACCGGAGAAAAAAGUGAUGGUGAAUCUCACGGGCCCCAUUCCCCCAGCAGCAGAUCCUAAUGCGGGCCGGAGCCACAACGUGAUCAAUGUCAUCAUCCCCGAGAGCCGGGCCCAUUUCUUCCAGCGGCUGGGCUAUGUCCUGGCCACUCUCUUGCUCUUCAUCCUGCUCCUAAUCCUUGUGAUUCUCGUGACUCGCCAGCACCGAAAGAGAGGUUUCCAAUACAAUGUGAAAAAAUAUGAUGAGAAAGAACUGACUCUCAGGGAGAUUCCAAUUGAUGCAACGAAUUUGUCAAAUUACAAAAGUGAGGACAUUACAUUGGAUUACAAAAACAAUAUCAUGAAGGAGAAAACCGAACAAAAUAGGAUUCUCCCAGCUAAGAACAUCGACUUAGAUAAAGAAUUCAGGAAAGAAUACUAUAAAUGAAAACAGUGACUCAAAGCUACUGGCUGGACCAGAAGCUCCCUUAAGAAUUUACAAGUACAAGACAACAUUGUUUUCCUUUUUUUUUUUUUAACAUCAUCCUUCCAGUUACCAAGAAGUUUUUAUAGAUUUUUUUCCAACCUUGGGACUAUGAAAGCAUACAAGACACGUAAGCUGUAAUCCUAUGCACACUCAUUUAAUAAGGGUUACUACCACGGAAACAAGUAUAGGGCUGCCCUGUAAAACUUCCUCUUUAUUAUCUUAUAUGAUUUUUUUUUAGGGAGGGUGCAGGUCAGCUUUCUUUGUUCCUUUGUCAUGUGAGAUUGCUUAUUCUUUUCCCCUUGGGAUUUUUCCCCUUCCUUUAAAUAAUUUGGUUUCAGUUGCAUUGAUGAUUUGGGGGUUUUGUUUGUUUUUAAUUGCUUGAAAAAUAAUAAGCUGAAAAAGUAGAUGCUUGGCUUGCUGUUAAACACAGAACAGAGAGCAUAUUUUUUUUCUGGCACUGACAUUUAAGAUACGGAGUUAGGAAGGAGCGAAAGAGGAGACCUUUCGCCACUGGUGAGUUAAUGUGCCAUCCGUGCAUCCUUGAAUCAGGAGAAAACAAUAUUUCCCUUAUUUGCUUCCCCUUCUGCCAAUCCUCCUGCUUCUCUUGCCUCUGUUCCUAGUCACUGCCUCCCAAGAUAAUGAGUGACAAAACCUAACAGAUUUUACACUCCAUGGGACUGCCAUUUGAUGGUGCCAGAACAAGGAGGAAAGAACUACAUUAAAACUCUUAUAGUUAAGGACCGCUAAGCCCGUUGCUUAUGGCUUGGGGCUGAGAUGGAGGCAGUGUCAGGAGACAAGGAGGAAAUUGCUCUCAUCAAGGAAUUAUUAUGCCACAGUAAAGCAUAAGCGAUGAAAGGCCCUAAGAGAGAGACCGUCAAUUGCAACGUGGACCAGGUUCUUUGUUUCUGGGACGUGCUGACACUUGUAUCCUGCUGAAAUCUUCAUCAGAAGCCUGCAUCAAUAUAUUCUUCAUCAGAAGGUUUGAGUUAGGAGUCUGAACUGGUCCAAGCCCAUUUGGUCUUCUGUUGGAAGUAGAUUCCGCUUAAGGGAUAUAUCUGUGGCAAUACCUGGAGUCUGAACCAGCCGUAAAAUGGCUUAGAUGAAUUUGCCAUUCUGGGGUGGCCUUCCUGCAUUGUUAAAGCAAGAAGAAUGACCUCUGUUGGAUCCAAAGCUCUGCCUGUGCCGCUUUGUCUAGGCCUUCCUGACUCCAUUUGUCUGAACCUGCUGUUAGAGAAUGCCUGUGUCCUUAGCAGUAUUUGGCUCAGAAACAACAGGGAUUUGAAAAGGAGCCAGAAUUCUUGCACGGAAGACUUCUUCUGGAAGCCCACUGCAACUCUUUCGUGGCUGUUCCUUCCAAUUGUCUCUUGCCGUCAUUUGAUGACAGAGGAUCGUCUGUCUCCUGCUGCACAAAGGAGCCAAAAUGGGGGUUCUUUGGUUGGGUGCAGUCCAAACAGGUCCAAAUAUCCCUUGGGCACUGCAAGAUAGGAAAGGACAGGCUGUACACUGAUUGAGUACGAGAACCUGUAGGAUCUCCCAGGAUGGGGGUCUUCAGACAGGAGGAGGAUGCCUUGAUUCUAGAUUUCCAUUACUCAGCAGGGGGAUGCAACAACUGAUCUCUGGUGUCCAACUCAGUGAUUGCUCAGUAUCCAUAUGUAUAUGUAGUGGUGAAAUGCAUUCAUUUCAUCCCCAUGCCUAUUUUUAACCUCUACUGAACUGGGGGAAAGGACACAGCUUCUGAAUGACAGUUCCAGCUACCCAUAGUAAAGACGGUGCAGAAAAGUCCAAAAUAGGAGGAGCCCAUAAAACGGGGGCUAUUAGCAAAAAAUUGGGACCAGCUCUGCUCAGUAUGUGUGCCUGGAAAGUUCCUCCCAGUCCUAUGAAAUCAUGGUGAUCUUUCACGGUUAGAAGGCAUGGUGAGAAGAACUCUUUAGGAGGUAUUGCUAACAACUACCUGAUCUGGCUAAUAAAUCGCUAAACAAACUCA